AUGGAAAGAAAAGCUGAGAUUGCUCUUACAAGCGAGACCGGAAAAAAUACAUUCCGAAGAGAAAAACAAUCAUUAAAUGUAAAUCCAAGCUUGGGAAGGAAGCAAACGACUGGAGUUGAUGGUAAUAAAUUAAAUAGUUAUGAGGAAAGGGAAGUGGCAGAGCGAGUUGCGAGUUCGUCCUCGGGAAAAAAAGAAGAGAAAGUUGUCGAGUGCUGUGGUGGGGAGAAAAGGGUGAGAAGAGUUGGAAACAACCUGGGAUAUCUUUUUCCAUUAUGCAAAUUGCCACAUCACAUACAUUCAUAG